UUUAGAUGAGAGUUGGAUUGAUGAAGAGUAUUAUUGUGCUUCCGAAGCUUUUUAUGCUAGAAAUGGAAGCAACUUCUCUACAAUUUAAAUGAUUUCACUUUGAAGAUCUCCUCCUUGAGUCCACAUUAAAUUGAACAAUUUUGAAGCAGCCAAAGUAGUUAUGCUUCUCUUAAUCUUUGACUUUGCAGAUCUCCUCCUUAAACUUUACAGCACACUAACCAAAAUCCAUACAAAUCUAUUAACCCCACAUGCCAUCCAUAAAUUCCCAAAAAUUACCACAACCCCCUAAAUCCCUUCUAAUCUCUCUAUCACCCCAACACCACCCCUUCCCCACCCUCUCCCAUUCCUUCUUCCCAUACAUCGACCCCCCUAUCCUCCCAAUCCUUCUGCCCAAUCCCUCAAAUUCCAAUUUUCCUUCCUGUCCUAAGACUUGGCUCUUGUGCAGACUUUGAGAAGAAGACCGGACGAGAGGAGGAGAGAUUGAGUGGGAAGUUGUAGAGUUUUGGGGAUGGGAAGGGGGAUGCGGGUGGUUGGGUUAUGGGAGGGUGGAGGUGUGGGAAGGGGGAUUUGGGGGUUAGAGGGUUGGGAGGGAUGGUACUUUUGGUAGGGAUUUGGGGGUUCUUGUUGUGUUAUUGGGGAUUCGAGUCAUAUUUUGUUGAUUUUUUUUUGGUUUAGAGUGUUGCUAAGAUGCUCAGUCGUUUUGGAUGAGUGAUUAUAAGGUAUUUAUUAUUGGUGUUGAGAGGCUUAUUAAGCAAAAAUAGUAAAGUAUUACAUUGAAAUCUUUAUCCUCAUCAAAAUUUAUCUCAAAUAAGACGCAUUAAUAUUUUCCAAGAAGUGGUAAGCUAUCAUCAGGUCUUUCUAGUUCCACCUCUUUCUCAUUAUGCCUUUUUUUAAUGAACAGUGUCAAAGUCUUCAUUGGUUCUGAACUCAAUUUACUCUGAUGUAUC